GGGCCUCUCGGGGCCGGGCGGGCUCACGUGACCCCUGCGGGUCCAGGAGCGGCCGGCCGCACCGAGGAGGCGGCGACGGCGGCGGCGGCGACCGCAGACCCGGGAGGUAGCGGCCUGGGGAGGGACCGCCGGCCGCCCUUUCGGACGGACAUCCGCGGCGGCGAAACAUGGCGGAGGCCUCGGCGGCCGGGGCGGACGCGGGCUCCGCUGUCGCCGCGCACCGUUUCUUCUGCCACUUCUGUAAGGGCGAGGUCAGCCCCAAACUACCGGAAUAUAUAUGUCCCAGAUGUGAAUCAGGCUUUAUUGAAGAAGUGACAGAUGAUUCCAGUUUUUUAGGUGGUGGCGGCAGCCGGAUAGACAAUAGCACAUCAACACAUUUUGCAGAGCUCUGGGACCGUCUGGAUCACACAAUGUUUUUACAAGAUUUUAGACCAUUUCUAACUAGCAAUCCACUGGACCAAGAUAAUAGAGCCAAUGAGAGAGGUCACCAAACUCACACUGACUUUUGGGGACCAAGUCGGCCUCCAAGGUUGCCAGUGACGAGAAGAUACAGAUCUCGAGGAAGUACUCGUCCUGACAGGUCGCCAGCUAUUGAAGGAAUAAUACAGCAGAUCUUUGCAGGAUUCUUUGCGAAUUCUGCAAUUCCUGGAUCCCCACAUCCCUUUUCUUGGAGCGGGAUGCUGCACUCCAACCCUGGGGACUAUGCCUGGGGUCAGACAGGGCUUGAUGCCAUUGUAACCCAGCUUCUAGGACAGCUAGAAAACACAGGUCCCCCUCCAGCUGAUAAGGAAAAGAUCACCUCUCUCCCCACAGUGACAGUAACUCAGGAACAAGUUGACACGGGUUUAGAGUGUCCGGUGUGCAAAGAGGACUACACGGUUGAAGAGAAGGUCCGGCAGCUACCCUGCAACCACUUCUUCCACAGCAGCUGCAUCGUGCCCUGGUUAGAACUGCAUGACACAUGCCCAGUAUGUAGGAAGAGCUUAAAUGGUGAGGACUCUACUCGGCAAACCCAGAGCUCCGAGGCCUCUGCAAGCAACAGAUUUAGCAAUGACAGCCAGCUCCAUGACCGAUGGACUUUCUGAGACUAAAGACCACACCUGAACCAGGGCUGCCUGUGUUAGUCUUCUUAUCAUAGCUGUAAGUUGUUUCAAAACUACACAAACAAACAAACAAACAAAAUAAUAGAUGGAUUUAGGAAUCAUGUAAGAAACCCCAACCCAUAAUAUUAAUGCAAUGAGUGUAUUUCUCUAAAUUUAAAGUUAGGACCUACAGGUGGAAUUGUAUCUACAACCAAAUGCCUCUUGUUCCUGAAUUCAGAGUGAUACUUUUCUAAUUAUGUCAGUUUGCUCCUGCCUGAGUAGAAUCAGUUCUUCAAGUCCAGCUCGGGUUCUGCUGUCAUGUUGUCUGAAACGGACAUCUCUACCUCCUCUUCCAAUCUCUAGCCCAUCAGUGGGGAUUUUGCAGCAAAUACAGAGGAGCCAGAGCCCUAAGGUCUUGUUGUCUAAUGUCUUUUUGUCUUAAUUGUACAAGAGUACCUACUCUUGGCCAUAUUAGCAAGGUAAGAAGAAAUCAGGAGUCUGAGACUGUAUACUGUUUGUCUUGAUCUUCAGAGAGCAACUCAAGGAAAAUUACAGUGGGAAGGAAAAGUGGCCUGUCAUCUACACUUUGAUUUUCUUAGUUUAAUUCAGGAAAUGCAGUUUCCCUAAAAACCAACAUGGCAUGUCUUUUAGUCUUGGGUUGGAAGAAAUCUGAUUUUGGUUCCUUUUUGGCAUUAAGUUGGGCAGCAUAUAGAUACAGAAGAGAGAUGUUGGAAAUUUUUACUACUGAGAUGUUUUUAAUGACCCUCAACUCAUUGUUUACUGUCUUUCAUACUAGGGACCUUACAAUAAUUUCCCUCAUAAAAAUAGGAUUAUUUGAUUAAGUGCUUCUAUACCAGUUCACUUUUUUGGUAAUUCAUUGUUAUUUAGGAAUUGAAACUUUAUGUUGUCUUGUUUAAGUUUGUAAAGCCCAUUUUUCAUGUGGGAAGCUUUUCCUGUUUUGUUCAGUUCUAGCUAUAGUUCUGAUCUAUCAAUCGGAUCAAUGUAAUCAUGCCCAAAACAACUUAGUCUGGGAAAGGUAGACCUUGCUUUAAGUUCUAACAGUGCCCAUACACAUACUCUGUACAUGUUUAAAGUGGAAUAAAUGGAGAUUGUUGAGAA